GACUCUGUGGACUCAAGGACCGGUUUGUACGAGGAGUGCGAAACCUGCAGUUCGCCUGAAGUUGCAAAGUGGACCAAAGAGACAGCGAGAAGAAUUCAGGAGAAUGCAAGAAACUGUGCUACAGAGAACUGUCUUCACAUAUUCAGACAGCUAAUUAAAAUGCAGAUGCUUCAAACAAUUCAAAGUCCAAUAUGGUGGAUGAGAAUUCUGCAAUAGACCUUGGAAAGGAUUGCAUCAACAGUUGGAUUCUGUGAUGAGGCUCCCAGUAACAGUGAGCAACUACAGACUCAGACAUGGCCCAACCAAGGCCAAGUCAUGAUGAAACAACGUGAUCGUAUAUGUUUUAACUCUGGGCAGAAAUUCCACUCAGUAACAUUACCAAACUUUAUUGCACUGCUUACCAAUCUAAAAUGAAUAAGGUUACCAUCAAUCCUACGCGCGAUGUCAGGAGGUUCUCAUCACAGACUGACAGCGGGGUUAUCUCGGAUUCAUCCGAUAAGUUUGACUCGUGGUCAUUGUGUCCAAAGGAACUUGAGAAAGAAAAGAUUGAGGGUGGAUCUGAAGUUGACCAGGCUCAUAACUCCAGUGCUAGCUCUGGUGGAGAUAAGUGUGAUCAGCAAGAAACUGAGAGGGAGACCGCCGACCGGAAAAACCUUUGUAGGGAACUGGAAAUCACCAAAUGUUCAUCCAUUCACAGGCUUUUAAUAGUUUGUAAUAAUGAUAAGCGGUGCUCUGAUAUUACAGGUGCAUCAUGGCCACAUGUGACUGUGGUGAAUUAUGCCUAUGAGUCCUCUACGCUGGAUUCAAUUUCUGCACAAGUGGCUGAAGCUUUGAAUGGAAAGCAAGUAAUAUCUGUAGCCUUUGUUCUGUACAAUCAGCAAGAUGCGAUACAUAUUUGCGGGGCUGGAGUGGUUCAGACACUCACGUCAAUUUCUAUCCACAAGCAAUUAGCUGUGCGGAGAUUCUUUAACAAUAUUGUGACCAACCACAUUGAUGUGGAAGAUUCAGAUGCCAGGAUGGAUAUUCUGGGCUGUACUGCCCUGAUGACUACAGACUUGGAGGAAGUCAAGAGGGAGUUGCAGAGGCUGACAGGUGUUCCUGUUGGUAUGACAAGAAGCGUGCUGGGCAACGAGUUGGUGGCAGGUCCAAACCAGGUGCCGGGAGAUGUAAAGAUGCACAUCCUGGAUCUCUACUGUGAAAGCGAGAAGUUGAAACGGCCGCAUCCCCAAACACUGGCAGAGUUUGAAAAGAUACACAUAGUGGGAAAAGGAGCCUAUGGGACAGCAGUUCUGUAUCGGAAGAAGGAUGAUGACUCCCUGGUCAUUCUUAAAGAGAUCAACAUGCACGAGCUGAACCACAUUGAAAGACAGAGGGCAUUGAAUGAGGUGAAGGUGCUUUCCAUGUUAGAUCACCCCAAUAUUAUUAAUUACUACGACAGCUUUGAGGAGGAUGGUGUACUGAUGAUUGAGAUGGAAUAUGCAGAAGGAGGAACACUGGCACAGUACUUGGCACAGCAGGAUCGAGAGUUGGAAGAGCUGGAAAUCCUAAACCUCUUCCACCAGAUAGUGGCUGCCAUCUGUUACCUCCAUGAACACAGCGUGUUGCACCGAGAUUUAAAGACGGCCAACCUUUUCCUCACAAAAGAAGGCGACGUGAAGCUCGGUGAUUUUGGGGUGGCCAAAGUGAUGAUGACAGGAAGUGAGGCACACACCAUCUUGGGAACUCCAUAUUACAUCUCACCCGAAAUCUGUGAGGGAAAAUGUUACAAUGAUAAAUCGGACAUCUGGUCGCUUGGUUGUAUUCUUUAUGAGAUGGCAUGUCGUCAGCGCACUUUUGAAGGGACAAAUCUAUCAGCAGUGGUAAAUAAGAUCAUGAAAGGGCAAUUUGCUCCCAUCACCGAUAACUACAGUGCUGAGUUUAAAGCCCUUGUGUUGGACAUGCUGCAAAAGGAGACUCAGUACCGUCCAUCUGCCCACGAGCUGCUGUACAGUCGGCUCCCUGAAAUCAUGGCAAAAUAUGAAGCAACUCCAAUUGAGGAGGAAGAGCCAGGGACAGGCGUACAACGUGGCCUGACUCGCAAGAGGAAUGGACGCACAGCCCUUUAUUAUUUCUGCAUGUCUGAUCUGGAGCUCUUCCCUAUUGAAGGGCUGCCUGCAAAGAUUAAAAUUGGACAGAUUGCUGUAUCUGACAAGCACAUGAUAGCAGUCACUGCAGAUCGAGCAGUGUACACAUGGGGAAUCAAUCUGAAAGGCCAGCUUGGUCAUGGAGAUCUGCAAUCACGUUCACGACCUCAGCUGGUGGAAGCCCUCAAAGGAAAGUUUAUUGCCAGGGCCUGUGCUGGAGAAGGAUUCAGUGUGUUUGUCAGUGACAAUGGAAUUGUAAUGACCUCUGGAGAUGGAGCCCAAGGCUGCUUGGGACACGGCGAUCUCUUCAGCACCUCCAGACCGUGUUUGAUUGAAGCCCUGCUCGGCGUAAACGUCCAGGUCAUUGCCUGCGGUCGGCACCAUGUGGUCUGUGUCAGUGGAGAUGGCGAGGUGUUUUCAUGGGGCAGUGGAAAAUUUGGCCAACUGGGGCUUGGGAAUGACGUCAAUAGCUGCUUGCCAAUGAAAAUAACAUUCGAGGAGCAGAUCUUUGUAAAAGACGUGAAAUGUGGCUUAGAUGGAACCAUGUUUUUAACAGAUAGCGGUGGCCCUCUGGCCUGUGGGAAUAACCAAUACAAUAAACUCGGCUUGAAUGAAAGACGAGGCCUUCUCAUGCAGAUGACAACGCUGUUUGCAAGAACUGAUGUUGAAGGCAGAAAGGUUCCCACCCUGGUGAAGGCAUUGAGAAACCAACGUGUGCGGGAUGCUGUGCUGGGUCCCUCACACACCAUUGUACUGGUGGAGCCAGGAAAUAUCUAUACCUUUGGAAGGAACACAGAGGGUCAGCUUGGCACGGGCAACACUAAACCCUAUAAAGUGCCAGUGCAUGUGAAGCAACUGCUGCAUAAAACCAUUACUAUGAUCAGCUGUGGAGAGACAUUCAGCGUUGCUGGAACAGACGAUAAUAAUAUCCUCUUCUGGGGCACUAAGUCCAGGUCGGUGCUCUCCCACAACCCAUCGAGUGUAGUCACAGUGCAUCGGGCAAGUGCUUCUGCCAGCGCAGCAUCACCUUCAAAGCCCCUUACUGGAACUGCCAGUCACAAACAAAGUGAGAAACAUGGUGGAAAUGAAAAGCAGCUUGUGGGAAUCGGUACCGUCAAACCUCCUGAUGACGACAAGUCAAACGCACCAGAACCACAGAAGGACAAUAGUUGGUCAAAAGCUGCUUCACUGGACGAGCGCAUGACAUCAAUUAAAGGCCAGAGGAAAGCUAUGAGAGAUCAACUAGAAACCACCCCUGGGAGCAUUCGGUCUGAGUGUAAGAAUCUGCAAGAAUCUGCCAGUUCAAAACAAAACACUUCAGGGAGUGAGAACAGCCUUCAGGAAGGAGAAAGUAGCCAUCUGGUUCCUGUUGCUAUUGUGUCUUUGAAGCAGAACUUGCAGGACCAUGCUGAUGUGUGUGCGCCCUGUCUCAGGAGUAUCGUCUGUAACAGGGAGAGCAUCUAUGCCCUUGUGGAGGGCGCGGAUCCACCUUGUCACAAGCCUGCCAGGAAGUAUCGGAGUUUUCGAAGGCGUGGAAACCGCGAGCAAGGACGUACCCUCCAUUAUUCCCACUCCAGCAAUGAAGCUGAAGACGAGUACACGAGCUCCGAGAUGUCCGAGCUGGAGACCAGUAACUUUAUCCCAACAUGGAUUAGAAAUGAACUGAAUGAUGCAGUCCCGAUGGAAGCACGGGGAGAUGAGAGGGGCAAUGAAACUGGUACCAUCGCCACCUCAGCCAGCACAACAGCAGCACACUGGAGCCCCACGGGCAAAACCAUCGCACCAGUUAAAAAGGAGGUAGUCGUAGCUUUGAAAAAGCCGAAUGGUAACGGAAGUUUAGCAAAACACAGCAACGUCUCCACGUCAGGAAGUUCAGACGGACAUCCAAUCUCCAUCAAACCACAGAUUGCCAGAGGUAAAGAUGGACGUGGGGAACCUGGUGAGAGGCCUGAUUAAAACCAUAAUAACAGCCUGAAUUUCUAACCACAGCCCUAGAAUGAUGUACCAACUCAGAAAUGCCUUCAUUGAUCA